AUGCCGCUGCCCGCCCGCCUCUCCCCGCUGCUGCUGGCGCUCGGCCUGGUCACCGCUGCAGCUGAUACAAAAGAAGUGGUUGGUGUCCUGGGCUCAUCAGUUUUACUGGAUCCUGAACUCAAAGUGGAUCCCAGCAAGAAUGAAAUUCUUUGGACCUUCAUCACCAGGAGCAUUUUACAUCACGUCCCAGGUCACACCUCAGUGGAACCAAAUGAACAGUUCAAGUCACGUUUGCAGUUUAACACUUCUAAUGGAUCUCUGAUGGUAAAUGGAUUGAAACCUAGUGACCAAGGAGAGUACACCUUCAUUGUAGGUGGACGAGAGCUGAGAACAAUACAACUGUUGCUUUUUGAUAAGCUGUCAGAACCUUCCAUUUUAACCAACACCAGAUCACUGGGUUUCACCGUCCAGCUCACCUGUGGUGUCAGUGGAGAUCCCCAUGAAUAUCAGUGGCAGAAAGAUGGAGGGGAAAUCUCGCAGCAUCACCAACUAAUAGAUGGGAACAGGACCCUCGUUAUCCCAAGCGCUUCAACUGGUGACUGUGGAAUGUACACCUGUGUCGCAUUCAAUCCUGUCAGCUCCAUCCAGGCAAAUUACACCUUAAUUCUUAUAGGCCUUUCCUUUGAGGAUGUUGUCAUUGUUGCUGUGUCAACUGUGGGACUGCUGAUUUCUUCAGCAUCUCUUCUUCCUGCUGCUGUGUUGCUGGACCACUGGAAAACUCUCGGAGCACUUCUGGGAAUCUCAGUUUAUUGUCUGAGCCUAUCUAUCUGUAACGUCGCAUUUUUUGUUGUCAUCUACAUUGCCUUCUCUGAUUGGAUUUUAAUUAAAGGCUUUUCACCAUUGGACGUUGUGGUGGUUGUUGCAUUGAUCACAGGAUUGCGGCUUUCUUCAGCUUUUGUUAAUGCAUCUACAAAUGCGCCCCAGACCAGGAGAUCAGUCCAAGGUCUUUCCACCAAGGACGCUGUAACUGUUGCCUUGUCAAUCACAGUGCUGGCGUUGCCAUUAGUGAUUCUUGUAACAAUGGUGUGUCUGCUCCAGAAGAAUUCAGACCAAGGUGUGAAAUAG